AUGAAUCAGGCAAUUCUGGAGGCUUUCGCCAGCUCGAAUCGUGUUCAUGUGAUCGAUUUCAGCUUGAGACAGGGGAUGCUAUGGCCGGCGCUGAUGCAGGUGAGGGCUCUGCGGCCCAGGGGCCCGCCGACGAUCAGGUUGACCGGGAUCUGGCCGCCGCAGCCCGAUAACAUCUAUGCCUUGCAGCAGGUAGGGUGGAAAUUGGCGCAGCUAGCUGAAACGAUAGGCAUGGAGUUCGAAUUCCGUGGAUUUGUGACGAAUUCGCUGGCCGAUCUCGAUGUGGAGAUGCUGGAAAUUAUGGCGGGCGAUGAUGAGCUGUUGGAAAAUUUCGAUGGAUUUCUAAAAUGUUUUUCGUGA